AUGCCUCUCGCCAUGUUCUCUUUCCGCACCCUCCUCUCUCUCACUGCAGCAGCGCGCAUGGCCUCUGGCCACAUUAUCGGGCCUGUUGGCUACUACUUGGAAGUGGUCAACCAGACUAUCGCCCCCGACGGUGUCCCGCGCGCCGCUGUUCUGGCUGGGGGAACGUUCCCUGGUCCCCUCAUCACCGGGGACAUCGGCGACAACUUCCAGAUCACGGUCGUCGACCAACAGCAAGACAUCCGCAUGCUCGAGCCCACGUCGAUUCACUGGCAUGGGCUGUUCCAGAACGGGACGAGCUACAUGGACGGGGUCGCGUUCGUCAGCCAGUGUCCGAUUGCGCCCGGCAACUCGUUCACGUACGACUUUACUACCCAGCAAGCCGGAACUUACUGGUAUCACUCGCACCUUGCUACCCAAUACUGUGAUGGCUUGCGUGGCCCGAUCGUCCUUUACGACCACGAGGACCCCUACCUCGACGAAUACGACGUUGACAACGAGGACACGGUGAUCACGCUCGCCGACUGGUACAACGUGUUUGCCGAAACGGUCGUCGGUCCUGGUGUACCGUCCUCCAUGCUCAUCAACGGACUCGGACGCACUGCUGCCACCGUCUCGAACACGACCCUCGCCGUCAUAAAUGUCUUCCAAGGUCUUCGCUACCGGUUCCGUCUGAUCAACAUGGCCUGCGACUCCAACUACGUGUUCCAGAUCGACGGCCACCAGAACCUGACGAUCAUCGAGGCCGACGGUGUCCUCCACGAGCCGUUGAGCGUCGACUCGAUUCAGAUCUUCGCAGCCCAACGCUAUUCGUUCAUCCUCACUGCUGACCAGGCCAUCGACAACUACUGGAUUCGCGCGAACCCGAACACGGGCCCAGCUGGGUUCGCCGGCGGGAUCAACUCUGCGAUUCUCCGAUACAUCGGAGCGAACGAAUCCGAGCCUACGACCUCGCAGGACACGUCGGUCAACGGCCUCGUCAACGAGGUCAACCUCCACCCGCUCGUCAACCCUGGUGCCCCCGGCGGCGCUUUCAUUGGUGGCGCCGAUGUGCAACUCAAUCUGGCUCUGGCGUUCAACACUACCACGCUGAAAUUCAUGGUCAACGGGGUGACCGGCUCGGUGUACACGCUGCCGCACUUUGCGUCGGUCGAGAUCACGCUUGCCGCGGGUGCCGUGGGUGGUCCCCACCCGUUCCACUUGCACGGACACGUCUUUGAUGUGAUCCGUCCGGCCGGCAGCACCACCUACAACUAUGUGAACCCCGCUCGCCGCGACGUCGUCAGCAUCGGGAGCGCCGGUGACAACGUCACGAUCCGGUUCUUCACCGACACCGCGGACGUGCGUGUUCAGUCUCCGCGCAUCACGCAUCGGGUAACUGACGAUCAAGCAGCGUGGUUCCUCCACUGCCACAUCGACUGGCACCUGGAGGCGGGUUUCGCGAUCGUGCUUGCGGAGGAUGUGCCCGACUGGAACUCGCAGCUGAUCCCGACGUCGGAGUGGAAUCAGCUGUGCCCCAUCUACGACGCACUCCCGGCAUCGAUCACUUCUCUCGCUGCUUGA